UGGAUCUGCUAUUUUCAUUUUUAAAAAUAUGACUUCAGAUUUGUAAUCAGCGACUCCAAAAACCCUUAAGUACUAAGUUUCAACCAUAUCCAAUCUCUUUUUAAAAUUUUGGUCCGCCAUAUUGGAUCCGCCAUUUUGAAUUUUGAAAAACUAUCAUCGGAUUCGUAAUCAGCGACCCUAAAAAUCUCAGAGCAACGAGUUUCAAGUGAAUCCAAUCUCUCAAUUUGCCUGGGGCAUGAAGGAUUAAUUCAGCGCAUCAUAAUACAUGGAAAUAUGUGGGUCUUGCACCUAGAUCCGGGUACUUUUUUAUGGUUAGAGUUCCAGACCCAAUAUUUCGUAUCUCUGUUGGGUCAGGGGCGUACCCUUGAACUUCACGUCGAGUGCAUAAUCACCUUAGUUUCCCCCUCUAGGGUUAUGAGAUUUUAUUUUACUACUUUUUUCGUGUAAUAAAUUAUGCAGAUUAAUAAAUAUAGCAAAACUUUAAAUAUAAAUUCAAAAUACGCAAGCAUUUAAUUUUAAAGGAAUAUGGAGAUAAAAGUAUAUCAACCAUGUGAGUGGUUUGAACACCACUUUAUAUCGUUUCGUUCCGGUCCCAAGUACUUGGACUCAUUAGUAAGGCUACGUAGUGGGAGACCUGCCCUAGACGGAAAAAGCAAAUUCGGAACUUGUAUAUAUAUAGGUGAUUCUCCGCGUAGUGCACAAUUCAAUGUCCCUCGUAUUUUUUAAGAAAUUAGUUGCACAUAUUGCAAAGAUUUCAAGGAGAAAAACUAAUUUCUGUGUUUACAAACAAAAGCCAAUAGUCGUUUACAUUUAAAAAUUUAUAAUUUAGAUUUAAAAGCUGUUUUAAGGUGCUAAAACGUCAUGGUAUGGCGUCCCCAGUACGAUGUAUAUAAAAAAAUUUUAUUUUUAAUAAAAUACAGUAAUUAAUCUAAAAACUAUUCAUAGUUUCGUAUUGUUUAUGUUCGUAGAAUUGUGAAAAACAAAAAACUUGCGAAAAAAAUUUAUUUAAAAAAAUUUUUUUUGAUGUUAAUUCUUGUCCCUCGUUCUUGCAUCAUGGUCUGGCCUUUUUAUAAAAUUGUAUUAUUUACAUAAAAAUCAAAUCGAAACUUUACUCAAUAUUAGUAAAACGCAACAACAAACUCUCCUAAGUAAAUUAAUAAGAGAGAAACUAAUUUGAGAAUUAAUUGUUUUAUUUUUUAGACAUUAAAAGCACUAAACUUGCAUAGGGAAUCACAGAAUCGUCAUGGUCUGGCCUUCACAUACUUCCCAAUAAAAUUGAUAAUUAUUUAUAUUUUACAUCAAUUAAAGUGUAGUAGUAUUAGAUCAGUGAAUAUAAAUGACGUAAAUAUGAAACAGAAUGAAAAUCGCUAAUAAAUUGUUUAAAAAAUCAUUUUCUCUUGAGCGUCAUGGUCUGGCCUUCUUGUCAUGGUACGGCUUUUCUGUAUUGAACAGCGUGUAACAACAGAGUGAAGCAAUAAUUGUUAAACAAUUGUAAUUUGUAAAAUAACAUACAAAUAAUUAUUAUUUAAAUUGACUGUAAAUAUAACAGGUGCUUUCAUUUUACCAUGGCUGGAUAGUAUUGCCGCAAAGUAUAUACAGAUAUAUAAAAAUUAUUUGUUUAAAAAAUAGAAAAAUUAUAAAUAUUUUGUCCGGCCCACGACUGAUAUUUCAUUUAUAAACACUAAAUUUGAAGAUUCUAUAUUGCCUUUUACUCAAUUUGAAAAAAAAUAAAUCAGUAAUAGUAAUAACUUAAACGUGCGCUACGUGGAGAAUCACCCAUAUUAUGCUAUCUACGACCGUAGAUGCGAGAUCUAUUGGCCAAUCCUAACAGGAAAUUAGAUCUGUAUUGACAGUAUAUAGAUUAUUGUAAAGAAAUGGAUUUAAACCAACUUUCUGCUUUACUGUAUAGUGGAAUAGAUCACAAUGUAGAUCCAUGUGACAAUUUCAAUGAUUAUGUGUGUGGUAAAUGGCUUGAAAGAAAUCCCAGUUUGGAGUAUAUUACAAGCUGGGGCAUGGCGGAUAUGACUAAAGUGAAAUCAUUUCAAAUAAUCAAAGAUAUUUUAGAAAGAGGUAAUAUUCUCGAUGAAAAAAGCGAACUCUAUUAUGGAAAAAAUACUAUGAGGCGUGCAUUGGUAAGCGUAAAUAUUAAUAGUUAUUUUACUUAUGAUUAACCUACACUGUAUAUUGUAAUGUACAUAUAAUGCUGGGAUAGAUUCUGUAACUUUUCCACAUUCCAUUCUCACUUCUUACUUUCCACGUUUUACUUCCCAAUUUCCACUUUCACUUACCACUCCCCACUUUCAUUUAUAACUUCCACUCGCACUUCCCACUGCCCGACACGACUGGCAUCAUGGAUAUAUUCGGUAGACCUUGCCGUAGUGGCGAGGCUUUUCACUGAAAGGCAACUAAACAGCAAGAAAGAAUAGAUUCACAAAAUUCAAAGAAGGUACCCCAUGUGAGCAGGCCGGAAACGGGAAAUCUCACCAUCGGUCCCAGGACUGAUGCUCAAGCGCGCGCGGAUUGUGAGAGCGUACAAUUUCUUGCAGUGACGCGGGUGGUCGUGGAAAGGUUGGAUACACAGAACAUCGUGGAAGGAGAAAGAAAGAGAAAAGGAAGCGCUUCGAGUCUUCUGACAAUGAGUGUGUUAAGUUGCAGUAGCGGAAAAACCGCACAUAGCUCUAUCUACUCAGAAGUAGACGACGAGACGAUUGAAGAGACUCGCGAGAUAUGCUUGUGGCUCAGAAAGAAGGAGGCGAGUUAUCUCGACAAAAUGGAGUUUAAGGUUUCUAAGAUGAUGAAGUCUUGCGACAUUCAGAGGAACGUCAACAGGACGGUAAAAGAUGGACUCAAAGUCAUCGAAGUCUUGCUGAAAGAAGCAAAAGUAAAGCAUGCCACGGACUUCGAUUUGGCAUGCGUUCUCAGCAAUGCGGAGUGUAACCGCAAGGACCGUAAGGAAGAGAGAGAGCGUUCCUAUAGACGUAAUCUCAAAAGCGUCAUGAGAGAUGCUCAGAAAC